AUGUACUACAUGCAAUGGUACCGGCAGCAGACGGCACAGCCACCAAGAUGGAUUAUUACCAAUGCCUUAGCACAGAAGAAAGAUGAAAUUUCAGGACGAUAUCUGGCGGCUGCUGACAUGUCUCAAAAGAACGGUUACCUCAAUAUAAGCGAACUGAGUGUGGAUGACAGGGCGGAGUAUUACUGUGCAGUGUUAGAUCACAAGAAGCGGUUUUGCGAAAUAUGUAAACUUAUCUCCAUGCCUCCAUUUAAAGGGGAAAUAGCUCCGAACUUACCUGAAUGUCGGUUUGCCAACAGAGGACAUUGUGGAGGUGUCUCCGUUUCACAGACACCGGCUGAAGUCUCAGUAAUUGAAGGAGAUGAUCUUCAGUUGUUCUGCAAUUACACAGUUACAAGCAGCGACGUUGCUUACCUGUUCUGGUACCGCCAGAAUCCCAGCGGUUCCUUGGAGUACUUGUUGCAGAGGAGCAGAUACAGCGGGAAAAUAGAGGGAUUUCUAGAGGACCGAUUUUCAGCGAAGCUCGAUGAAUCUACCCGAACCGUCCCGCUGGAAGUCUCUAAGGCACAGCUGAGGGACUUUGCGAUGUAUUACUGUGCGCUUACUGGAACCAACAAGCUUAUCUUUGGAGGAGGGACCAAACUAACUGUGGAGCCCACUGAUGACCCAUGGGGAUUAAGAGAAAGUGUUAAUGUUGAGACUUUCAACGCCUUUCUACAAUUCAAAGGCCUACGACCAUUCUACGUUCACAAGUAUAUUCGCGUAAUGGGUCAAAGGGUGGCAAGUAAUGGCAAUGGCUGGAAACCUCUGGUUGGGAGAGGUUUUUGUAUUGGCAAAUCAGGCUGUGUGAACUUUGCUGAUAAGGUGAUUUUUGGACCUGGGACCAGGCUCGAUGUUUUACCUAAGUCAGAGAAUGCAGAGCCGUCCAUCUACAUCCUCCCUGCGCCCAAGAACAGUCACAAUGUUGGACCCGUGUGCCUGGCGACGGACUAUUUCCCCAAUGUGUACAAUAUGUCCGUGAAGGCCGAGGGUACAAACCAGAUUUGGAGCAAAGAUGACGCCUCGCUGUCCAUCGUCGAUCGCAGCUACAGCAUGGUGGGAUUCCUGACGGGACAGAAGACAGAUGGAUUUCAAUGCACGGCUGGGAAUAAAUCCAAGGAGUUAGCAGGUGAUCCUGAGGCAACUUGUAUCACGCUAUUGGAGAAAUAUGGAGACGAAGACGAAAGUUUUCUUUCUCUGACGGUCUUAAUCUUAAGAUUGUUCUUCCUGAAAAGCAUCGUGUUCAACAUCUUGAUGACCAUUCGUGUUUGGGUCUCCUAAGACAACCGGUUGACCAUGAACACAGAACAAAUCAUGGGGACCACGGCAAAGGCUGAAAGAUCUUUGGUUCGGCUGCAGUGCAGAAUAAUGCUUUCGGCUGAUGGUGUCUGCCUCCACAUUGACGUGCCGCGUGUCGAAUACAUAUAUGAGUUUGCGUGUGCCAGCCAUUUCUUAACAAAUCCUCAGGAAUGUACGAUUGCAUAAUGUCUAUCCGUCCCUCUCAAAGGACAGUGCAGCUUAUUGAGCUUAAUCUCUUGUAUAUAUGGUUUCUGAUAAAACUCUCCUCAUUCAUACCUUUGUCGCUGUCUGAACAUAUAUUAAAAGUACCAACUGUGUAA